CGGCUUCGCUUUCGGCAGGGCCUUCGCAGCUCUCCACGCCCGCUGUUUCCUGUUUUCCAGACCAAAGGGAAAACGUAACUCGUAGCUAGAGCCCACGGUCCGUCUUCUUCACGUUCCCGCGAGCUUCCCUCGUCACCCGGCGAACGUUAUUCGCUGAUUUCCUCUUCGACGUCGUUCUUCCUCUCUCCCCCUCCUCAGAGAGUCUCUCUCUAACUGGACACUCUUCUCUUCUUCGAUCGUAUUCGAUAUCUGCCACACUGGUAUCAGUUCAAUUUCAUCCUCCGUCAUCUUCUGUAUCACUCUUCUUCCUUCUUCCGGUGCUCGUUCCUCCGAGUGUGUGCUUCGACGAUUCAUCUCACCGGCGACCAAAAGAAACACAGAGAAAUCUCGACCGCGGGAUGACUCGAAAAAAAUGUGCGUCGUACCGAUGUGGCUGACGAGGCUGGAAUCAGGCCUCGCUUGUUCCACGGUAGCUCUUAGAGGAUGCACAAGCUAGCCAAGGGCCUGAAGAAGAAGAAAAAGCCGAAGAAGGGCAAGAAGGGGGCAGAGGAGGACGAGUUCGACCCGGAGGAGCUCGAGCGUUACAGGCGCGAGCGGGCGGAAGCCCAGCAGAAAGCCGAGCAAUCCGGCGAGCAGGCCAGCAACGCCAGCUCCGACGAGUGGAAGAAAUUCGAGGCGUUGACGGCCGGAGUCGACUCGAUCCUCAAGAAGACACAGGGAGAUCUCGAUCGUAUAAAAUCCACCUCCUUCUUCCAACGGAAGCCGCCGCUAGAAAACGAGAAGAAAGAGGAAGAAGAGGAGGACCAGGAAGAUCCUGGUAAAAAGUUUUCUUCGAAGAAGUGGGUAGGUUUCGACGAGGAAGGUAAUCCGAUCGAAGGUGAACCACCGGACUUCGAGGGAAAGGGAAAAAAGAAAGAAGACAAGCCUCUGGUUAACGAGGACGGUCUCGUCGAACUUCCCGACGACGAGGAUGAACACGAAGACUCCGCCGACGAAGACGUAUUCGAUACGACCUACGUUGACGUUCUGCAGAAUAUCGACGUUCAACUAGCUUACAUUCCCGACAGUCCAACCGAGGAGGAGGCCGGCGACGACCCGUUCGACACUACAAACGCGGACAAAGUACUAAAAACAGUAGAUAAGAAGGGGAACAGAUUGGUCAGUUUAGGGAACGCGGUAGAGGUCCUCUCCGGAAGAGUCGAUUACGUGAGUUCGUGCAAGAUCACGAGAGGCAGGCGGCCUAGACUGCAACAAGAUUUAUUAUUGGAUGACUUCGAGGAAUCUGAGCAGCUUGCGGAGAGUAGCAGCGUAGUCGCGGAGCCUGUGGACGCGACUAAGACUUUGCUGGACGACGACAGCGACCUUCCUGAUAUUCCUGUCGAUCUUACGAAGCUUCCUCCGGUUCUACCAAGGCCAGUCAGCCCGGCUGUGCAUCAAGAGAACGUUGCGGAGAACAAAUCGUCUAACGGACCUUUGGAUAUUUCUGAGUUCGAAAUAUUGAAAGAGAAAACGAUCUUAGAGGAGAUUCCUGACUUGGACGACGCGGAGUUCGAUUUAGACGCAGCGCCAGAUGAGCCGGUACGUCUCGAGGAGGCUGACGAUCCUUUCAAAACUAAGGAACCGGUGGCUGUAGACUUCCAAGCCGAGAUAAUAGAAGCAAGCUUCGAGGCAGCUACUUUCGUCGACGAAGAAGAUCCGUUCGACACUACUUUCGCCGAGAAUAUUCUUCCUGGUAAGACAGAGUUAAAGUUCAUCGAGAAAGAACUAGAGGAACUUCCUGUUUCAGAGGUGACGAUAUCCUUGACCGAUCCAGCUGGAUUGAACAGAGACUAUGAGACAGGUUUGCUGAAAGAAGAGCUCAGAGCAAAGACCAGUAAUUUGCAAGCUAAGAAGGAUCUUCUAGGAGGAUCUACAACCGAUCUGAGUCAACUUGCGGAGGAACCUAUAGCUCCGGUAGAAGAUCUCAGCUACGUAGACCCUUUCGACACCUCUGCUAUCAAAGAAAUUCCUCCUGGAAAGACAGAGUUGAAGUUCCUCGAGAAAGAGUUGCUUGGUGAACAACCUAAUCUUUCUAAUUCUCUGGACGACGACGAUUUCGAUCCAAGAAAGGACGAGCAGCAGCCAGCUGUUCCGGUUGACAUUACCGUAUCCAAGCUACCGCCAAGGCCUCCUCUUCCAACAGCGUCUGUUAAACCAAUCUUUCAGGUUGAAUUCGAAGAAGAAGAAGAUACUGGCGAGGUUGGCGACCGUGGACGAAGAUCUUCGAGGCCAGAGGUGCUAGAACUAGCACCUUCGAAGACCGUUGCUUUCGAACUGCCUACACCAUCCAAACGUCCAGACCUACUGACAACCACCGAAGAAGAGAAAGCUCUACCUUCGAAACCUCUGACACCUUAUUAUUCUCAGAAAUCUAUCGACGACUUGUUACCUAUACAGGAGGAGGAAGCUGAUGUGGAUCCUUUCGAUACCAGUUUCGUGGCCAAGGUAGCUCCCGGAAAGACAGAAUUGAAGUUGAUCGAGUCAGAAUUGUUGAAACAGGAGUCAAAGUUACCUCAUAGCCUGAGCGACCACGAUUUUGAUCCGCGAGCCGAAGGGGAACCUGUAAGAAGACAGAGCGAUUUCACAGCUAGUUCUAUCAGGCCGAACAAUUUGAAAAUCGCCGAGCUUCAGGACUCUGUGUUGAAGAAGUUCGAGGAACAGAGGAAACCGAAACUGCAGCAGAGGCAGGAGAGUUUGCUGGACGAGAAGAUCGAGGUGGACGCGAAGCCUCUGACGCCAAGAAUCGAGUCGAAGCCCAUCGAAGAAGAAGAAGAGAUUUCCUACAACGAUCCUUUCGACACUUCUAUCGCCACUAAUAUUCUUCCUGGUAAAGCGGAGCUGAAGAUUCUCGAAAGCGAACUGCAGCAAAUUCCCGGAGAGCUGCCCGUUCGUCCUGUUCCUAUCGCAUUCACAGCGAUCAUUAAAACUAGCAUUCCGGAGGUUGAUCCUGACUUUGAUCCCAGAGCCGAGGAAAAGAAGGAAACAGCAGAUUAUUUGUGCAUCGACGACCAAGAUCCUGGAGCCAAAGUACUUACUCCUUUGCAGAACGACGACUUCGGUUUAGGAGAGGACGUGGAUCCUUUCGACACCAGUUUCGCUACCUUGGGGCCAGGAAAAACUGAACUGAAGAUACUCGAAUCUGAAUUAAUGCAGGAAGCUGGUCCAUUAACCUUUCGAUCGAGCAACAUGGAUUCCAAAGGUGGAAACCCUUUCUUGAUGGACGACUACAGUGUCGAGUCCAACGACAGGAAAACUAGCCAACCGUCGAAUCCUUUCCUCCAGGACUUCGCGGACACGGAAGCAGCCGCAGGAGGAGAGAAUCCUUUCCUGAAUUUUGCAGCAGACCAAUCUUAUCAAUCAGCCAUUACAGUCGACUCGACGAACCCUUUCGCUUCUUUCGCCACGGAGACCACUGCACCUAGCACUGGUUUCGAAGCUACUACUACCGACACUACGGCAUCUAACAUAUUCUCUGGUCAAUCCGCGAACAUUUUUCAGACGACUGUCAGCGAGUCGAGCACGAAUCUGUUCGACGCGCCGAUCUCUACUCAAGCGACUGACGAACUUUUCGGUCAAGAGUUGCAGUCUGCACCUCCGCCGUCUCCGGUGGUGCCUGUGACGCCAGUUCAACCCAAAAAUGGCAAGACUGCACCGUCGAGGCCGCCUCCACCGAGACCUCAACCACCGGCGCCUCCUAAAAACACCAAAGACUUGAUCUUGUCGGUUACUGGAGCUAUGGAUGCUACUUCUAAUCAUCUCCUGGAUCGAUUACAGGCAACAAGAACACCCAGUCCAACGUUAAUGCACUCUCCAUCGCCAACUCCGGAGCACAGUUUCGCCGACUUCCUGGACGUGGAUUCGAACGUGCCAGACCUAAUGUCCGACGACAGCAAAGUAGCAGAGCCAUCGAAGAAUCGUGACAUCCUGGAUCUCCUUGACGCACCUAAUACAGAGACGACGACCACUACCAUCUUCUCCACGUCGAUAAACACCGAAGACGCCACCAGUUUGGUAACAGGAGUAUCCUUGAUCAGUGCCACUGGCCAGGACAAUCCAUUCGUCAGCAUUACAGAGCAAGAGGCAUCUCCUAUUCAGGCUGAGGAUGCCUUUAAGUCAGAUUUCCCGGAAACUGCUUCUGUAACAAGUGAAAAGAGACCAUCUAUAGCGUCCACGACCGGAGUUGUUGGAAGCGACACGGAGAAAACUGGUAUUGAUUUAGAUUUCGCUGCGGAAUCCCCUGUUGUCUCAGAAACUAUGCAAUCGUCGACAGCUGGGGCUGAAUUAUUCGCUACCAGCGGCACUGAGCAAUUGUCCACGAUGACUACCGAGUCUGCGUUCUUUUCUGUUGCCGAUACGAUGUCUUCUGGACCAUUUGGUACCAUAGAUACCACGGCCUCGCAUUUCACGACAUCCAUGCAAACGCCUGGCACGCAACCUCUGUUCGCAAGCACGGAAAUGAAUGCGUCAUCCGCUCAGUCCAAUGGACCAUUUGCUUCUGAUUUACUUGGUGAUUUCGAAGAACCUACGAAAGAUAUCAGUGGCAUGACAUCGACCAGUCCGACUCCGGGAGCUGAAUUUCCCAUCAGCGAAGCGUAUAAGCCCGAAGAGCAGUUGGAUAACUUUGCAGCAACUACGAAAGUUAUCGAGGGUACCGGCGAUGCGUUUGAUAUUUUUGCUUCGAAGUUUGAUAAAGCUGCGGAGCAGGAAACCAACGCUGGAGAUCCUUUCUUGGAUGCCUUUGGUGGCGGGCCUACCGCCAUGGACACGUCUAGCGAUGUUUGGGGUGAUUCGUCUGCGACCGGGUCAGAGACAGCAGUGACUGGAUUUGGAGAGGCUGAUGGGUUUGACUCGUUCCUGAGUAUGACAGCACCACCACCAGAGACAAAUGUAAAGAGAACCGACUCUGUAGAUUCGGAUGCGGGACCAGAUUUCAGUGUAUUCAUUAAACCAAAAGAGGAUGAUCAAGGCGGAGCAAUCGAAGGAGGAGCUGUCCCCGUGCUAGCGCCACCACCAAAGAGUCCGCAAAACACAGCUUACACAGAUACCUCACCACGAUUCAAUCCCUUCGACAAGUCAGGAUUCGCACAGGACGCUAUUCCCACUACGGAAACUGCUCAACCUGCUGAACUGACCAGGACAGAUUCUCAGGAAACUCCUCCGACUCCCCUAUUUGACGAAGACGUUAGCCAACCUUUGGAAGACUUCCCAAGAGUGACGUACACCGGUGACGGCUGGGACAUGCACCUGCGCCAACCUAACAAGAAAAAGAUAACCGGUCAACGAUUCUGGAAGAAGAUCUUCAUAAAACUGGUCUACCAAGGUGACAAUCCUGUACUCCAGUUGUUUAACAGCAGAGAAGACAAGGAUCCCUUCCAAGAAUUACCUCUAGUUCCUUCUUACUCGAUAUCCGACAUCGGGGCACAGCAAUUUGACCAAUACGGGAAAAUAUUCACGGUGAAGCUGCAAUACAUUUUCUACAAGGAACGACCUGGAGUACGACCUGGCCAGGUGACAAAGGCGGAAAGGAUAACGAAUAAACUCAGUCAAUUUGCUGCGUAUGCCAUUCAGGGUGAUUAUCAGGGGGUGAAAGAAUUUGGAAGCGAUCUAAGGAAGCUCGGUCUUCCCGUGGAACACGCGCCACAGAUUUCUCAGUUAUUCAAACUAGGUUCUCAACUCUACGAAGAUAUGAAGCAGUUCUCUUGCGCGAUCGAGGAAGCUCUGUUCAGAUUGCCGGCUCAUCGAGAUCGGGCGCUCAGCUAUAAGACAGAAGACGUGCAGAUUACGGUCGUGGAUGAAUUGUACGUGGAACAGAACGCGCAAGGUCAGGUCGAGAAGCAAAUAGCGCGUGUUCGAUUGUUCUUCUUGGGCUUCCUCUCUGGAAUGCCUGACGUUGAAUUGGGAAUAAACGACAUGUGGCGCCAAGGGAAAGAGGUAGUAGGCAGACAUGAUAUAAUUCCAGUGGUAACCGAAGAAUGGAUCCGUCUGGAGAACGUCGAGUUCCACUCCUGCGUUCAACAGGAUGAAUAUGAAAAAUCUAGAAUUAUAAAGUUCAAGCCACCGGAUGCAUGCUAUAUCGAACUUAUGAGGUUCCGAGUAAGGCCUCCUAAAAACAGAGAGCUUCCUCUCCAGCUUAAAGCCGUAAUGUGCGUUACCGGUAAUAAGGUAGAACUGAGGGCGGACAUUCUGGUGCCGGGAUUCGCGUCAAGAAAACUGGGCCAGGUGCCCUGCGAGGACGUGAUGGUACGUUUCCCCAUUCCAGAGUGCUGGAUCUACCUGUUCAGGGUGGAGAAACACUUCAGAUACGGAUCCGUUAAGUCAGCUCAUAGGAGAACAGGAAAGAUCAAGGGUAUCGAAAGAUUUCUCGGUGCGGUUGAUACUUUGGAACCUCAGCUGAUGGAGGUGACGUCCGGUCAGGCAAAAUACGAGCAUCAACAUCGCGCUAUCGUUUGGAGAAUGCCUAGGUUACCGAAAGAAGGCCAAGGAGCAUACACGACACACCAAUUGAUCUGUCGAAUGGCCCUAACUUCCUAUGAUCAGAUUCCCGAGAACUUAGCCGAGUACUGUUACGUGGAAUUCACGAUGCCAGCGACCCAAGUGUCUCACACGACAGCGAGAAGCGUUAGUUUUCAAAAUCACGACAGCGACACUCCACCAGAGAAAUACGUCAGGAAUUUGUCGCGACACGAGUACAGAGUUGGAAUCGAGCAUACGCAAGGAGAAGGUCCAGGCGCAUACUUAUCUGCGACCUACACACGAAAAAUUCCGGAAACGACGCCGGAGACACAAGGAGAAGCUUCAGACGCUGGCGCGGAAUCAGAUUCCGAUUCCUCCGAUUAAAUCCAAAUCAGUCUUGCAUAAGGUAACCUGUAACACGUACGGAAUUUAAGGAGAAUUACUUGUUAAUGCUAAGGUAUAUACAGAAAGCGAAACGAUGCCUGUGACUGGACGCGUGACGUUUCACGAUUUGCAGCUCCGAAUGAAUGGACAAUUUCCACGCGAGCAAGCGCAACACGUUAUUGGAGUAAUCGUAAAACCUAAUAAAAAGCAAUAGUGUAUGUGACGUGCUCUGAUAAAAAGUUAAGAUUCGAGAAAGUCGAUCUUGACCUUUUCAUAUUCUUUCACAGUCAAAAGUGUGCCCCUUUUUUUUAUAUUAUAUUAAUAAAAAUUGCAAAUUUUCAAGUGGUUUUAAUAACGAAGCAAUGAAAGUUGGCAAUUAUUUAUUACAUCAAUAAAAGUUACAAAUUAUCACCAAGUAAUUUUAGUAAUAGGUUAUUCUCUUGUAUUUCUCCACUAUCAGCAAAGUUUUGAAUUUUAAUCAAAUCUUUUGUACGCAUGAUGAAGUGAUUGUACUUGGCAAUAUCGCACUGCAGAGUGCGCAUAUCUUUAAACGCGUUUAUCUUAAAAACUCGUUUCUAUACGUUAAUCUCUUUUUACCAAAGCAAGUCACACAUGAACCUUGAUAUCUUCGAACGCACAUCGAUACUAAGAAGAUAUAAUCAGGAUAAAUGGUUCGCGUGGGUUAAAUCGUUAGUGGCGGCUGCGAUCCGUGAAACGCUAAACGUCGACGCGUGUUAAAUAUAACGCAUAACAGUUAACGAAAUGUAUGUAUGAAAGGAGUAAUUUGUAAGGGAGGACAAUACCGAUUUUACGUUCAGUUUAGCUUGCUAAGUAGUAAUGCGCACUCGCGGUGAAAGGCUUUGCUCUGCUUAAACUAUUUCAAAGUCGGAUUAGCGGAUUAUUAGUUAUUGAAGAAAUUUAGUAAAUUGGGUAUGUAAAAUUGGUUAAACAGUAUUUUUGUUAUUUCAUUCCAUGGAUUUAUCCGAUAUAAAAAUAUCAAAAUAUAUAUUUUAUUUGGAAUAUUUUAUAUUAAUUUUGUUUAUUCUAAUUGCAGCAGUCGAUAUCUCCGAAGUGUUUUGCUUAUUUCACGAUUUUAUCGUAUCAACACGACGAUCAGAGGACAAUAAUUGUUAAUUAAGAAAGUCGUUAUAACUUGGAAGAACCGUGCGAUGCAUAUCUCAUCGUUUGAGCUUGCAGAUGAUCUAUAUCAAAUGUUAUCUAGUCGUUUACCGAAAGGUAGUUUAUUCAGAUUAAUCGUCGGUUAUUAGACACGUAAGUAAAUAACAAUAAAAAAAGAUGGUAUCGACAAUUUUUGCCAAGAGAGGUUAGGAGAGAAACGUAUAUUAUUUGUAAUUAUAAUAGUAAACGCGACGCAUGGGAGAUUACAGUUCAUUAAUCUAGUCUUUAAUAACAUUUUGUUCUUGUACGCGACGCGAGCUGCAAGAAUAUGUUCAAACGCUUUGCAAAUCAUAUAUACAUAAGUCUUAGUGUGUAAGUUUUUGUUCGACGCUUUUUUUCUUUCCUAUUUUUCCCCCCAAAAAUUUCACCGUUGACGCGAGACGGUGGCUCGUCAAAGUAUUCUGCGUAAAGCUGAUAAGGCUAAAUGAACAAAAAAAAUCUAUUUAACUAUGUAUAAGGUAGGAUAAACAAUGCGAAAGAUGUUAUUAAUAAUUUUACAUAAGAUGAACGAAGAUCUAGACACGUAAGUUUCCGUUGAGAUUUUGUCGAUUUUUCGUUAGAAAUUUUUCAUCCUGCAAAGGAAAUCGGAAGAGUCUAUUCUAGUCCUUAGCUCAUAAGACGAUCGUAUGACAUGUCAGGUGUUGAUUCACCGAUCAUACGUUAUGUUAAGUCUAUUUAGGUUAAUGAUAAUCCUAAUCAAUUACGCGUAGAAAAAUGUCUGCCGACAUGCCAAGUAACGUAUAGACAAUUCGUGCUACUAAUUAAUAUCGUCGGUUAUAUAUAGAUUGUCGCUCUGAUCCGUGUCAAUGCGAAUAUGAACGUAUCAGGUUGUUCGAAAAAUUCGUAGCGAAAGUUAAAAAAGAUUUAACUAGAAUUCGUCAUUUGUAACUUCACGAGAUUUUUCUUGAAAAAUAUUUCUUCUUUUGCUGGUGAAUUCCAUCAAAUAGCUUUUGUGGGUUUUUAAAGUUUUUCAUUUACUGUUUAUGUCUUUCGAAUAAGAUUCGUAAAAAUUACACUAAAAAAGUUUGUUCUAUUAACGAAUCUUUUGUAUUUCUCUUUGAUUCUAUUUAGUAUCCAACUUGAACCAGCAAGUGUUCAAACGUUUCGUUGUUUAUUGUAGAUUUACCAAAUAAAAACGCUGUAAACUUUUCGAACAACCCGAUAUUAUGCCUUAUGUUUAUACUAUGUCUCAAACUUUCUUCAAUGUAUCCAAUCAAGUACAUCAAUCAGACAAUACCGUUUAAUAGUGCCAGCAAAUAAUGUUCUCUUAAAACUAAAAUAUUAAUAUAACUAAGCAAUUAAUUGAUCUACAAGACUGCAUAGGUAAAAAUGUUACAUUGCGUACUUUGAAACAGUGCAAAGCUUUUCCACUUGCGGCGUGACGGUCUGUUUGCGUUGGUACAUUAAAUGGAUCCCGAGAGGAUUUUUUUCGGGAAAAAUUCGUCUCGGGACCUGACGUUCCCAGCUCGUGAUCUCAACUGCGUGUAAUAUCGUACUCUAGUGCGAUAUCCAAGAAGGCGAUAUCCAAUUUAUGUAUUUAAAGGGAAAGGUUUAUUUAAACACCUGAUGCAUGUAUAGAUAUCUUAGGAAAGAUAUUCAAAUUAGAGGUUAUGUGUGAUAUCGGCAAGUCUAUUGAUGUUUGAUAAGCGUGACUGUGAAUGAAUGAAUGGAUGAAAGCAAGGGGAAGCAUGCAAAUUUUUCGUCCCUGUGAGGAGGUCGUAAGUAAAAUUUUAAUCUUGGACAAAGCUAAAAUUUAUUUUAUUUUCCUUGUAGCUAUUUAGGUAUUAUUUUAAAAAGAAUCAUCCUUUAUCAGUUAUUAAUCCAAUGUUACAAAAAUGUUCGAUUUUAUCGAAUAAAUCAUCCUGUAUUACCGAAAGACCUCUCGCUGAAGAACGAUUAAUUAAUUAUAAUACACGUCAGAAAGAGUGCCUAAGUUCAUAAAAGAUAGUUACGCGUUUUGCGAAAGAAAAUGAAUUCUGUUGCCAAUGUUGAUUCGAAAAGGAAUUAACGUUUACCAUUUUGAAAUGUUUGAGUUUUAUAAUUGUGUUCGACUUUUAACUAGUUUUCUUUUGAAAUUAUCACUGGGGAUAGAAUGCGUCGAUAAGGUAGAUUUCAAUUUAAUCUGUACGACCUCCAUUCGUUGUUGCUCCAAAAAAAUAUCACUAUCCCAGGUCAAACUUAUUCGCGCAUUUACAUACAUGUAAUUAUUAAGCUAUGUAGAUUUUAGAUAUAAUCCUGUUAACUCGGCUCUCUAAUGAUUAAUUGUAAAGGAGAAAUUAGUAACGUCGUUGUUGUUCUUACAAUUAUUACUAAGUGAAAAAAAUGAAACAAAAUGUUCUGUACAGGUAAAGAGAGUCUGUAAAGAUUACAGUUAAUUGAGUCGUGCUAGGAUCGGUAAUUAAUAGAAUUUAGAAAGAACGUCCGUUGUAGUAUGAAACGAGCAAUGAAGGAACAGAAACCCCUUAAACUGCAUUUUUACCUUCCCACGCCAUUUUUGGCCACGAUAGAUCGACCGAUGAUUUCGUCCGUCGAGCUUUUUAUCGAACGUUAAGGAGUAAAUCUUUUAUAACAGCUGAGAACUAUUAAUGUUAUCAAUCAUACAUACCAUAUUUAUUUCAUUUUAUUUGUAUCGUUUCUUGCAAAUUUAUGAUCAAUAAAAUUUAAACAUUUCAACCUCUUCACCAAACGCAAUAACCUGCAAUAUCAACGAAGAACGGAGUCGAAAAUAACGUCGAUGAUUUACAAAAAAUAAAAUACCUUAGCAUUUUGAAUACCCUAUAAAAGCAAAGGCAUGACUGUUUUAGUUUAUAUUCGUGUUUACUUAUGUAGGUAUGUAGCUUAAUUAACAUUUUAGAGAUUCCGUUAAUGGUUAGUGUGGUGUAUCUACGAAGUUUGAUCUCGAAAAGCACAUGAAACGAGUAUAAAGAAAAAAGUGUUUCGUUACGAUUGUUGCGAAUGAUUUAACGAUUGUUACGAAUAAUUUUGAUUGGCAUCAAAUCUCGAAGUAGAUAUAAGGAGAAAGAAAAGAUCGAGAGUGCGAAAACAUUCCCUAAAGAAAUUGAGAUAUAAAGUACCUCUAAUCUCCGAUCUGUAAUUUAUAAAUAUAUAAAUAUACAUAUAAAUAUAAAUAUAUACAUAUAUAUAUAUAUAUACAGGUACACAUGUAUGUAAUGUCGUAAUGUGUAAUUAUACGUGUACGUAUGAAUUGUAAUUGUAAUCUAAUAGUAACCAAUUGUGGUGUAGACAAGUGACAAAGAAGAAAGGAAAAGAUGAUUAGGGCAAGUUUGCUCUUUGAUAUAUAUGUAUUAUAAUUUCGUAAACACACACACACACACGCGCGCACACACACACACACCCACACACACACACGCAAGGAACGAGAAAAUGAAAAUUUUCGAGGAAAUAGAAACAAGUGUAAUACUGUUAGCUAAUGGUAUUAUUGAUAAAUUCUAUGUAUCAAUAAAUAAUAUAACAUUGUUUAAGGGACGAAAUUGGGUUAACUAGAAGUCGAUUAUUUU